ACAUUGAAAUCAUUUUUCUUACAUGAAAGUGUUAUUAUACUCAGCUCUUAACUUAUUGGUUUGUGUUUUGUGAAGGUGCAAGCGAUCUUAAACAGUUUGGAAAACGUGAAGACAAAAAUAAGAUUUUUUUUUACUAAAGGAAACUUAACUCAAAAAGAAAUAAUGCCAAGAUAUGCACAAAUAGUCAUGGGUCCUGCAGGAAGUGGAAAGUCUACCUACUGUAGCAACAUGGUUAGACACUGUGAAAAUCUGCGACGAACUGUGCAUGUGGUUAAUCUAGACCCAGCAGCUGAACAUUUUGAUUACCCUGUACUUGCCGACGUACGAGAGUUGAUUCAGGUAGAUGAUGCCAUGGAAGACGAGUCACUGAAGUUUGGUCCUAAUGGUGGACUAGUAUUCUGUAUGGAGUACCUUGCCCAGAAUUUUGACUGGUUACAUGAACAGUUGGAAGACAUUGAAGAUGACUACAUAUUGUUUGAUUGUCCAGGUCAGAUAGAACUGUAUACACAUAUACCAGUGAUGCGACAGCUAGUCGAUACAUUACAAACAUGGAACUUCAAUGUGUGUGGUGUAUAUAUGAUAGACUCACAGUUCCUUAUCGAGGCAUCCAAGUUUGUGUCUGGUACACUGACUGCCCUGUCCACAAUGGUCAACCUUGAAACACCACAUGUAAAUGUGAUGACAAAAUUAGAUCUUCUAAGCAAGAAAGAUAAAAAGGAGUUGGACAGAUAUCUCGAGCCGUCAAUGCAAGGAUUGUUGUUUGAAGAAUUUGAAGAUGAAAAGUUCAGUAAAAAAUUUAAGAAGUUGAAUGCAGCAAUAGCAUCAAUGAUUGACGAUUACAGCCUAGUCAAGUUUCUACCCUUAGACCAGUCAGAUGAGGAUAGCAUCAAUGAUAUAUUGUUACAAGUGGACAUGUGUCUGCAGUAUGGAGAGGACCAGGAACCAAGGGAAAUGAGGGAGGUUGGAGAUGACCCAGAUAUGGACAACUGUGACAGUGGUUUUGAUGGAUGACGUUGACCUUUGAUGACAAACGACCUUGAACUACCUGUGCCAGAUGGCCAAGAAAGUCAUUGUCAGAUGACUUUCUGAGUUUCAACAGGCUGUGUCAUUAUGACCUUGGAAUCUGUGAUAGUCAACUGUGAUAAAUUUGUGACAGAUAUUCCAGUCAUUAUGCAUGACUUUGUGUGGUGUUGAGUAAGUCUGAAACCCUUAAUAAGAGCAUCAAACAAAAUCUGGCUACAUUUACACUUGCUGGUCUUGUUUAUGGUAGAUUUAUUAUUCUACAUCAUGGGCUAAAACACAAACUCUCAAGCUUUGUAAAUUCUUAACACUGCAAAUGAGACAGCUAACCAUGAAAUCUGUAAAUAAAGCCUAUAUGUGAAUGUUAUCCUAUUCCACUGUGCUUAAAGUAAGUGCUAUUUUGAUGAAUCAAUUAGGAUGAUAAAAAGAGGUCAUUACAUGAGUAUCUCUUUAUAUUAAAUUUAUUAAAAGAGUUGAAUGAAAAAAUAAAAUGUGAGGCUCUGUCAAAUAUUUGAUUUUUUUUUUCGCCAAGUUAAGUAAAAGUUCAAUGUGGAACUUAUAGGACACAAAUGUAAUAUUCUUAACAUUUUAGCAUUUCAAGCUGAAACAUCGACUUCGUAUUGUCUAUGUAUUAAAGGCAGUAAAUUUGACCAAUAUCUCCUAUCUUUAAAAUAGUGUCACAACCAAAGUGUUAUUAAUCUUGUGUAGUACUAAAAAUAUAUAAUGGCUUUAUUUCACUCCAACAAUGUGAAGCAUGCUACAAAGGACUUUAUGAGAAAAUGGCCUGUUUUGAUUCUGUUAUUAACCCUUAGCCUCCUGGCGGCAAGUGAUUCUGCC